CACAGGGACUUCCGCAGACGGACUGGCUUUUGUUGUGUAGUGACUGAAAGGGCGUGCGUUCAUGCACGAGCUCUUCAAUUCGCACUCGUCAGGGAAAAAGGGAGUGUCGGUGCAUUAAGCAACACGAACCAUCCAUAAAGAGUCAAACAUCAGAGUUGCUUUGGACAUCCCUGACCUUCUACAUUGGUAGAGGUUGCAAUUCCAUACAAUGAGUUGUGCGAAUCAAGGCGAUGCUGCAAAGUUUCUCGAGAGUUUUCUGGUGGAGUUUCCAAACCCACUUGGCACAGAAGACCUGCUUCCCGUCAGUCCACUCAGCCGCAAAGUCUCUCUGCAGGAGGUGAAGGGAGAGAGUCUGGAUCUCGGGCUCCGCCUGCUCUCAGACAGAAAUGCCCCAGUCUGGCUGGGUGCAGCGAUGUGCAAUGCUGCUGUCACUGAAUUGCUUAAAGAUGACCUUUCACCUCACUACUGCCCCAAAGAUAUUGAACAGCAACCGGAGGAUGAACAGGGAGUUGUUUUGUUGCAGUCGGAGCCCCUACAGCGCCUCUUUAUAAAUAAAUUGAGAGAGGUGUGUGUGGCCUGGCAGAAACAGCUGCCCAGUCCCGGUUCUUCCUCUUCACUGACACACAGCUGCUCUGUUCACGCCAUUCGAAACACUCGCAGGAAGAUGGAGGAUCGUCACAUGAUCUUGAAAGAGUUUAACCAGCUUCUGGGAUUGAAGGAUGGUGUAGAUCGAGAGUAUUACGCAGUGUUUGAUGGACAUGGAGGAGUGGAUGCUGCCACAUAUGCUGCCACUCACCUGCAUAUCAUACUGAGCCAGCAGGAGGCGCUAAAAAGCGAUGCUGCCACAGCUUUCAAAAGCAGCUUCAAACAAACAGAUGACAUGUUCAAGAUCAAAGCCAAGAGAGAGCGUCUGCGCAGUGGCAGCACUGGUGUGGCUGUUUUACUGACCUCCAAUCACCUCACUGUCUCCUGGCUGGGCGACUCUCAAGCUAUGCUGGUUCGACAGGGAGAACCAGUGACCCUAAUGGACCCGCACAAACCGGAGAGAGAGGAUGAGAAGAAAAGGAUUGAGGAUCUGGGUGGAUGCAUCGCUUUCAUGGGUUGUUGGCGGGUAAAUGGUACCUACGCCGUUUCCAGAGCAAUAGGUGAUUUUGAUCAGAAGCCGUACGUCUCUAAUGAAGCUGACAGCUCAUCGGUCCAUCUGAACGGGGAUGAAGACUACGUCCUCCUUGCCUGUGACGGCUUCUUUGACGUGGUCCGGCCUGGGGACGUCCCGGGGCUGGUCCUGGAAGCUCUGAGGGAGGGCAAAGGCUCGGGGGAGGACGUGGCCCAAAGUCUGGUGGCCCAGGCCAAAGCUGUUGGAUCCAGUGAUAACAUCACAGUUCUUCUGGUGUUCCUAAAGGAGCCUCAGCAACUUUUGACCCACGAGACGAGCUCGAGAACAGAGGAAGGAGCUACGGCUGCAGCCACGAUCAUCUGAAAAGGGGAAGAAAUUAUACAUGAUAGAAGCUGAUGGUCUUUACACCAUCUCGAAUGAUGUGAGUUGUUGAAUUUGAAAAGCAAGUCCAUUCAUGCAUUCAGAAGAAAGCAUUGAACGUCAGUGAAAGGCGUUUCCUCGUUUGUUUUUUAUUCCCCACCCAAGAAUGUCGGAUCCUUAUUAACUCUCUUUGUUGCUAAGUCUGAACUUGCUUUCAUUUUUGUUUCCAUUUUUUUAACUAUUUGCCUUGUUUUUACCAGCUUAUAUUUACAUUUACUGGUGCGUAAAACCUUUGAGACGUGUUAAGGACAUUUUUCAGUGCGUACUUUGUUCGUUGCACUCCUUAUUUGAUACGACUGUUACAACGGAGAGAAAACUAAUGUGAAUUGUCUUAACAGAUACAGUAUUGCAUUGCGUUUCGGACCACAUUGGCUUCAAUAAUGAAAUAGUCGCCCGUAAGGCCUUCAGCUCUUGUCAGCAGAUGUACUCCAGUGUUGUAGAUGGUUAGUAUUUUUAAAACUGUUAUUUAUUUGAAAAAAUCUAUAUUUAUGGCUGUACUGUACUGUGUAAACACGCUCUUUCAUGUGCCAAAAGUCUGACUUUGCCAAGAUCAUUUCUCGGUUGCUGAACGCUACUGUAGUUUCUUCUAAAUGUACAGUGAACUUUUAUUUAUUCAUAUCAUUUCCUUAUGCGUUUUGUUGCAGUGCCUUCUUUCCCUAAAUAUCAGUGUUAAUACUGGCAUGUGUGUUGUAUUAUCAUAGCCUGGCUUUGCAAACCACACGUCCUGCAUGCCGCAAGUCGUCUCGCAUUACAGACACUCAAUAUUUUGAAAGCCUCGUGAUGAGUAGCUGAUAUAGUAGCACAGUCACUAUAAUGUGAUAAGGCCAAGAAUAUCGCUAACCUAAUGUAAACCAUAUGUGGAAGGUGAAGACAGAGCGAUAUGUUGAUUUGGUCUAUGUAUGGGGGAAAUGUCUUGUUUUUCCCUGGUAGGUUCAGUCCUUUUGCAUUUAAUAUUUGAAUAAAAAAAGACUGCUUUAGAUUACCUUAAAAUGCACAUUAUUCAGCAUAUUUAAAAAUCUCCAAAAUGUCCAGUGGCAUCCUGAAGUCUGAGACCACAAUGAAAAUCUGGGAUUUAAAAUAUUUACACUACUAUUAUUUU